UUCAACCCCAUCUGCCCUAUAAAUAGCGACUGCCCAUUCACCCGCACCUUCUCUUUCUUCUUUCCUCUUCUUCUAAAAAAUCUUUUUCUUUUUUUCAUACCCACACAUUCUCUCCCCACUGUUACACGCACUAUCUCUUUUCCUCGUCCCGUGCGUUUGUGCCAAAACAACAACGAACACUGCUUCUCUCUCUCUUGCACUUUCACUCCUCAUUCCAACUCCUUUCUCCAAGGAAGAGCGACACGCCGCACAGCAACCCAUACAAAACAUGACUGCCACAUCCUCACCCGCGCCUUCAGCAGCCCCGACCAAGAACGUCUUUCGUCUCCACGGCGUCAACGUCCUCAACAGGAAGAACGUCGAUUCCAUCUCCCGUCUCACCGCCCUCGAGAAGCGUCGCGCCACACACAUCCUCGAUGAGCGUCAACGACGAGACACCAUGAAUCAGCUCCUCGGCGAGCUUGCCAACCUCGUCCGCGAAUCUGCAGCAGAGGCUCAGCAGCAACAGGAACAGGAACUCCAGCAACAAUAUCACCAACAGAAACAGACCAACCCCGACGGCACCGAAAAGAGACCUCCAGUCAAGUCAAACUCCAUCACAACCCUCAGAAAUGCCAUUGCCGAAAUCCGUCGUCUCCGUGCCUCCGCCGGACUCGAGACCCUCACUCCUCCCUGCGUUGCCUCGUCGACCGUUGCUUCUCCAAGUGCCUCGCGCUCUUCAUCUCCUACUGCCUCUCAGAGCAAGAGCCAACAGCAACAACAACGACAACAACAGACCCAGCCAUUACCUGUAUUUGCUCCAUUGGCAUCUCAAUACAGCAACUCUGGUUCCCGCCUUUCGACCCCAGUGUCCUCGCCCAAGGCCUAUACCUGUCAGGCAUCACAUCACCAGCUCCAGUCGCCUCCUCUGUCGCCCUCGAGCCCUGCGCCUCACCAGUACUCCUCGGUCUCGCCUCCCACGAUGUCUGUCCAUCAGUCGAACCACGGCCCCGCUCCUCCCUCUCUCUUUGCUCCAAACUCCCCUGUCUCUUUCUCAUCAUACCAGCCCUCAUCACAACAGCAUCACCAGACCCACUACUACCAGCAGCACCACCCCCAGCAAUCGUACCAUAGCCACCAGUCCCAGUACCGCUCACCGUGCUACGAGUCCGUACAGUCCCACAGUCGUCCCUCCUCACCGACAAUGCACUCGACCAGUCCUUCGUCCGCACCGUCAAUGGUCCUGCCUCAGUCAUACGUUCAACACCCCUCGACGUACCAAUCGUCGACCUCUUACAGUACUUAUUAAAAAAAUAAGACUUAAUACCAACUUGUUCAUUCUGCACAGGAAAAAAAAGAAAAAAAAAAAAGCUCCUCAGCCAGAUGCACAAACACCUUGUAAUAAAAUUUGUAUAACAUUUUUCGCAUAA